GGCUAUGAGGAAGGGUGGAAGUUGUGGUGUUGGUGGUGGUAGUGAGGCGUUUGCGAUCAAAGAGGUGUUGCCAAACGCCUCAGAGUCAGAGAAGAGGACUAUAUCGCUGAUAAAUGGGAGCAUUUACACUUUUUUUUAAGCUUUUCUUUUUAAAAAUAAUUAACCUUUGAACCAUCGAACGGAAAAGUAACUUUCCACUUCUUGCAUAUUUAUUUUUUGUCGUCAACAAACCGAACCUCCAAACAGUCUCCAUUUGAGCCCCGACACGCGUGCCCAGUUGUGGGGCACAGGCAGGGCUCCAACAUGAAGAAAUAUGCUUAUUAAAUAGAAGAACAUUAGAAAUAGAGUUAUUGAACCAAGGCGGUCGGUGUAAUGAAGGACCGACUUGGGGAGUUCGCCGCUAACUGCACCCAGGUUGAGGAGGAGGUGGAGGUGGACAGAGAUUGUUUUAUGGAAGGAUUCUUCAGAAGAGUGGAAGACGUCAGAGGGCUUAUUGACAACAUCGCUUAUCAAGUGGAGGAGGUGAGGAAGAUGCACAGCACCAUCCUGUCGGCGCCCAACCCAGAUGAAGCAACAAAGCAGGGACUGAACAGGCUGACCAAUGACAUCAAAGGGACUGCCAACGUUGUGCGGGCUAAACUCAAGUCGAUUGAGCUCAGCCUACCUCAAGACGACAUGGCCCACAGAACCUCAGUGGACCACCGGAUCCAGAAGACACAGCACACGGUGCUUUCCAGGAGAUUUGUGGAGGUUAUGAUGAUGUACAACGAGACUCAAGUGUCCUUUCGGGAAAGGAGCAAAGGGAGGAUCCAGAGGCAGCUCGAGAUAACUGGAAGAGUGACCACAAACGAAGAGCUGGAGGACAUGCUAGAAUGCGGAAAUCCAUCCAUCUUCACUUCUAAUAUUAUUUCAGAUUCUCAAAUCACGCGGCAGGCGCUGAACGAGAUCGAGUCGCGUCACCAGGACAUCAUUCGUCUGGAGGCCAGCAUCAGAGAGUUGCGCACCAUGUUCAUGGACAUGGCCCUGAUGGUGGAGACCCAGGGGGACAUGGUCAACAACAUUGAGAAGAACGUCUCAACUGCCGCUGAGUACAUCGGCAUGGCGAAGGAGGAGACCAAAAAGGCUGUGCGGUACCAGAAGAAGUCACGCAGGAAAUUUGUUUUCCUUGCAUUUGCAAUAUUGAUCCUGAUUGCGGUCGUUGCACUUAUUGUUGGCCUGUCUGUUGGGCUAACUAAACCCCCUGCCUGAGAAUCACUCAUCACUUCCUCAGACCAUUCUCUACCUCAUCGAGGGUCGGGAAGGAGCCAUGGGUCUCAUACUCUUGGUUGGAAUCUUUGACUGAUGGAUCCUGUAGCAAAUCACCGUCAGCUGAGUCUGUGUCGGGUGUGGAGUCACUUAGUCAACCACAAAACCUAAAACAUGACCAAUCAACUUUUUUCCUCGCAUCCAUCCAUCUUGUUCAAAAUUCUUUCAACUAAUGGGUGCCUAAAGAAUAAAUCAUAUCAACACACAGCUCAAUCAACCCAAUUAUUCCUCCUGUAAGUACGUUUGAGCAUGUCUUCAUAGAAAAAAUAUAUAUAAACGAUGUAUAUGCUUGUAUUAUCUCUGAUUAUUAGGGGUCUGAGCAGCACAGCUGCUUGGUCCCCUUUUGUUUCUGUAACGUGUUCUUUUUCCUCUAAUUCUGUAAAAGUCAUACUGCAGCCUAUACCGUAAGUCGAAAACUCUUGAAAUGUUAAGGUAUGGUUAAUAAUAACUCCAACUACCCAUACAAAAGCUGGCGCUAUUGUAAAAAAUCAUGAAUUAGUCUUAUUUCUCCUCACCAGAUUGACCUGGACUCAAAAUUCUUUCAUAAUAUUAAUCUCUAGAAUCAGAUGCAUCUGUAAAACCCUUAUGCCCUAAAAAUGUUUACCUCUCCCACACUUUCAUAUUGAAGCCAAACAUAAUAAAAAGAUUCACAGGCUACCAAAAUAAUCGAAGAUUCACCAAAAUCGCCACAUAAAAUCUUUAGACCCAGCCUCACAAAAAUCAUCAAACAGAAUUUGUUUUAUUUAGUUCCAUUUGAGAAAUAUUGGCCAAUCAAUUUGGAGCAGUUAGCCCAUUUUUCUUAUAUGAUCAUUUUGUUAUUGUAUAAAAAAAGCAUACGACUAUCAUUAGGUGGAUACCAAUACCCCCCACUACCCAUAAACCCAAAUUGUAGUACUGCACCCAAGGGUGGUGCUAUUUAAAAAAAAGGUGAACUAGCCUUAUUUGUCCUUACCAGAUUGCGGUUAUAUUUAUUAUUGUCUCUUGUGAGGUUCUCAAUACUGGCAGAAAAUCAUACACAUAUGAAUUUUUGCAAGUUGUGUAAAUUGUUACCAAUAUUUUUGUAUCUUAUGCACACAACAUAUCCUUAUCCAAUGGAAUAUUUUGAUUAAAACACACAGAUUUUGUAUUUUCUAACCCGUGACCACCAAAGUGCCUUUAAGCAUUACUAUGAUGGUAAAACAUAACAAUGCUGUGUUUGGACGGACCAUAAAUGAUGACAAUUCUGGUUAUGGAAAAAUAAGUUGUUCUAUUCUUAUAUUGUCAUUUUGUAUCAAUCUUAUUGUGGGUAAUGUAAGUAAAUCAAAUGAACAGUACACUCCAAUAUAUCGUUAACCUUGGUUGAAGACAUUUUAGAUAAAAAGUUUAUUGAGCCGGGACAAAUACAUUGUACAUUGUUUCACAUAAAAUAUAAAA